AUGGAUAGUUACCUGAGUGAGAAUUUUGGGGAUGUGAAAGCCAAAAACUCGUCGGAAGAAGCGCUUCAGAGAUGGAGGAAGGCUUGUUGGCUUGUUAAGAACCACAAGAGGAGGUUUCGUUUCACUGCUAACCUCUCCAAGCGAUUUGAGGCUGAAGCUAUCAGACGCUCUAACCAGGAGAAAUUCAGAGUUGCAGUGUUGGUUUCACAAGCUGCUCUUCAGUUUAUUCAUGGUCUAAAUUUGUCAACUGAGUACACUGUACCCGAAGAAGUUAAAACUGCGGGCUUCGAAAUUUGUGCUGAUGAGUUGGGAUCAAUUGUCGAGGGACGUGAUGUGAAGAAGUUGAAAAUUCAUGGUGGGGUUGAGGGUAUCAUAAACAAACUCAAUACCUCAGUUGAUGAUGGUAUAUCAACUUCUGAGUACUUGCUGAAUCAGAGGAAAGAAAUUUAUGGAGUUAAUAAAUUCAUUGAAAGUCCACCACGCGGAUUUUGGGUUUUUGUAUGGGAAGCCCUUCAAGAUACAACCCUCAUGAUACUUGCUGUCUGUGCCUUGAUCUCUUUGGUGGUUGGUAUAGUGAUGGAAGGGUGGCCCAAGGGUGCGCAGGAUGGAAUUGGUAUUGUUGCUAGCAUAUUGCUUGUAGUGUUUGUCACUGCCACAAGUGAUUACAGACAAUCACUUCAGUUUAAGGAUCUAGAUAAAGAGAAGAAAAAAAUUACAGUUCAGGUUACGAGAAAUGGUUGUAGGCAGAAGCUUUCAAUAUAUGAUCUGCUUCCUGGUGAUAUUGUACAUCUAAAUAUUGGAGAUCAGGUCCCUGCUGAUGGGCUUUUUGUGUCUGGUUUCUCAGUGUUAAUAAAUGAAUCAAGCUUAACAGGGGAAAGUGAACCAGUGAAUGUCAGUGAACUUAAUCCCUUUCUGCUGUCUGGAACCAAAGUCCAAGAUGGAUCAUGCAAGAUGCUAGUGACUACUGUUGGAAUGAGGACCCAGUGGGGUAAACUAAUGGCUACCCUAAGUGAAGGGGGAGAUGAUGAAACACCUUUGCAGGUAAAACUCAAUGGUGUUGCUACCAUUAUUGGGAAAAUAGGCCUCUUUUUUGCAGUUGUGACCUUUUCUGUGUUGGUCCAAGGACUACUUAGCCGCAAGCUACGAGAAGGAUCCCAGUGGACAUGGUCUGGUGAUGAUGCUAUGGAAAUUGUGGAAUUCUUUGCUAUUGCUGUUACUAUUGUUGUUGUUGCGGUUCCCGAAGGCUUACCUUUAGCUGUUACAUUAAGCCUUGCUUUUGCAAUGAAAAAGAUGAUGAACGAUAAGGCACUUGUUCGUCACUUGGCUGCUUGUGAGACAAUGGGAUCUGCCACUACCAUCUGCAGUGACAAGACUGGCACACUAACUACUAACCAUAUGACUGUUGUAAAAGCUUACAUAUGUGGAAAGAUUAAAGAAGUAAACAGUUCUAAGGCCUCUUCUGAUUUCUCUUCUGAUAUUCAUGAUUCUGCUCUUGCAAUUCUACUUGAAUCAAUAUUUAAGAACACGGGAGGAGAAGUUGUCAAAAACAAAGAUGAGAAGAUUGAAAUUCUGGGAUCACCGACUGAGACUGCACUCUUGGAGUUCGGGCUGUCACUUGGCGGUGAUUUCCUAAAAGAACGACAAAGGUCAAAACUUGUGAAAGUUGAGCCAUUUAAUUCUAUAAAGAAGCGCAUGGGGGUGGUUCUACAGCUUCCUGAUGGUAGUUUCAGAGCACAUUGUAAAGGUGCCUCUGAAAUAAUUCUAGCUGCAUGUGACAAAGUUGUGGACUCAAGUGGUGAGGUUAUUCCACUCAAUGAAGACUCCAUCAAUCACUUGAAUGAUAUGAUUGAAACAUUUGCUGGUGAAGCUCUCCGAACCCUUUGCCUUGCUUACAUGGAUAUCCAUGAUGAGUUUUCUGUUGGAACUCCUAUUCCUGCUAGGGGUUACACUUGUAUAGGAAUUGUGGGUAUUAAAGAUCCAGUUCGCCCUGGUGUUAGAGAGUCUGUUGCCAUUUGUAGGUCAGCUGGUAUUGCUGUUAGGAUGGUCACCGGAGAUAACAUAAAUACAGCAAAGGCAAUUGCUAGAGAGUGUGGAAUUUUAACGGAUGGUAUUGCAAUUGAAGGCCCUGAGUUUCGUGAGAAGAGUGAGGAGGAAUUGCUUGAUAUCAUUCCUAAAAUUCAGGUACAUACAUGUCAUUUAUUCGAUUUUGUAAUGGCCCGAUCUUCACCCAUGGAUAAGCAUACCCUGGUAAAACACUUGAGGACAACAUUUCAAGAGGUUGUUUCGGUUACUGGUGAUGGUACAAAUGAUGCUCCAGCACUUCAUGAAGCAGAUAUUGGACUUGCAAUGGGCAUUGCCGGAACUGAGGUUGCGAAGGAAAGUGCUGACGUAAUAAUUCUAGAUGAUAACUUUUCCACUAUUGUGACCGUAGCCAAAUGGGGCCGCUCGGUCUACAUAAACAUUCAGAAAUUUGUGCAGUUUCAGCUAACUGUUAAUGUUGUUGCUUUGAUAGUCAAUUUCUCUUCUGCCUGUUUGACUGGAAAUGCUCCCCUCACUGCUGUUCAACUCCUUUGGGUCAACAUGAUUAUGGACACUCUUGGAGCACUUGCACUUGCAACUGAACCUCCUAAUGAUGAGUUGAUGAAAAGACCACCUGUUGGUAGGAAAGGAAACUUCAUCAGUAAUGUGAUGUGGAGGAACAUCUUGGGGCAGUCUAUGUAUCAAUUUGUCGUAAUAUGGUUCCUCCAGACUAGAGGAAAAGCAACAUUUCAUCUUCAUGGCCCAGACUCUGAUAUGAUAUUGAAUACCCUUAUUUUCAACUCAUUUGUGUUCUGUCAGGUUUUCAAUGAGAUUAGUUCCAGAGAUAUGGAGAGGAUAAAUGUGUUUGAAGGUAUAUUGAAGAAUUACGUGUUCGUAGCUGUGCUUACUUGCACUGUGGUCUUCCAAAUUAUUAUUGUUGAAUUCUUGGGCACCUAUGCAAACACAUCUCCACUUAGUUUGAAGCAGUGGUUUGGUAGCGUUCUCUUUGGAGUCCUUGGCAUGCCAAUUGCAGCGGCUCUAAAGAUGAUCCCCGUGGGCUCUGUCUAA